CGGAAGUUCACAAAAACUGACAGAGAGCGUCCCGAACCUCCAAAAUCACAGUUUUCGAGUUGCGUUCAAGCUUUAUCAACGGAGAUAACCUAAAGGCGACGGGUCACCUGCGAUGAUGCUGCGCGCGUCUAGGUGAAUGUUUUGUUUACCUUUCCGAACUGAUGGUGGGCUUUGAAGUUUUUGACUGGAUUUCAUCGACAACAAACACUACGAACGAACGAAGGGAGGGCGAUGCAUGAUCGAUUCGGACUCUCACUUGUACUUGUUCGAGGCAUUUAAUCAUCAGCUUCUGUAAACAUGAGUGCUGCGGUGAGCGAGGGUCAAGCGCCCUCCUCCACUGGUGAGGGAUUCAGUUCAAGCGAUCUCAAUCAGAUGUUAAUGGAGUUUAUGAUGUUCAUGGUGAGAGCGUUGGCCGUGAGUUAUCCCGUAUAUCUGACCGGAUCUUUUGGACUGAGUGUCAGCUGGAUUCUUCUUAGCAUGCUUAUGUGGACCAUGUGGAAAAAGAACCGCAAAUGGAAAGACCAGAGGCUCGACACGGCCAUUGAUUUCUUGGAAAACGAGAAGGACGUCAUCAAGACUGAACUGAAGGCCAUGGACAUGCCAGCUUGGAUUCACUUUGCAGAUGUUGAGAAGGCCGCUUGGAUCAACAAGAUUCUUCAGCAGGCAUGGCCGUUUUUCGGAAUGUACAUGGAGAAGCUUCUCAUUGAAAAUAUUCAGCCCUCUGUGAAAGCAUCUAGCCCUCAUUUGAAGACCUUCGCCUUUACUAAAGUCCACAUGGGACAGAAGGCACCAACUGUGACAGGGGUUCGUGUGUACACACAUGAGCUGGGCACAAGAGAGGUCAUUCUUGACCUCAACAUCCUUUAUGAGGCUGAUGUGGAUAUUGAUGCUGAAGUUAAACCUGCUAUUAAAGUAGGAGUGAAAGGGCUUCAGCUCCAGGGGAUGCUACGUGUAAUUCUUGAGCCUAUGAUUGGCCAGUCACCCAUUGUAGGUGGAGUAACCAUGUUUUUCAUUCGUCGACCAACCCUGCAAGUUAAUUGGACCGGAAUGGCUAAUAUUUUGGAUAGUCCAGCAUUCAGCCAUCUGUCAGAAUCAGCUAUUGUGGACAUCAUAGCCUCUCUCAUGGUUUUGCCUAAUCGGAUGUGCAUCCCAUUGAUCGAUCAAGUCAAGGUUGACCAAAUGAGGUUUCCACUGCCUCGAGGUGUAGUACGGGUCCAUGUUUUGGAGGCAAAGAAUCUUGUUGCAAAAGACACACACAUGAUGGGAUUGGUGAAGGGCAAGUCAGAUCCAUAUACUGUGCUGAGGGUGGGAAACAAACAAUUCAAAACGAAGACCAUCAAAGAGACCUUGAAUCCUUGCUGGAAUGAAGUUUAUGAGUUUGUGAUUCAUGAAGCCCCUGGACAAGAAUUAGAGGUGGAAGUGUAUGAUGAAGACACGGACGCUGAUGACUUUUUGGGCAGGUACAGUCUGGAUUGUGGGGAAGUGAAGAGAGAGAAAGAGCUUGAUGAGUGGUUAACCUUGGAGGAUGUCGAGAGUGGUGACCUACAUUUAAAAAUGCAAUGGCUGUCUCUGCACACAAAUCAAGAACUAUUAAAGGAGACAUACGAUGGCCUUGCUUGUGCAAUGCUUUCUGUGUACCUAGACAGUGGCUCCAAUCUGCCUAAAGACGAGCGAGAGUUCACCCACAAUGAGAAGCAUGGAAAACCAGCCAAAGAGACUCGGCUCACCAGAAAAACCAACGAGCCAAACUCAUAUGUCGAGUUUACUAUAGAUAAACAGUGUCAGAAAAGCAAGGUCGUUUAUGCCUCAAAAGACCCUGUUUAUGAAGAAUGCUUUGUAUUCUUUGUCCACAAUGUGAACCGCCAGGUGUUGAACGUUGAGGUGAAAGAAAAUGAGAAGAAAAACUCACUGGGCCAGCUCACUCUGCCACUGGUCCGACUGCUCCAUAUAUCUGAUAUGAUGCUGGAUCAGCGCUUCAAGCUUGAGCGCUCAGGAGCCAAUAGCCAGAUAAAGAUAAAAGCUGUUCUCAGGAUUCUUACGCAAGAGAAACUAGAGCCCAAAGUUGUCACUCCAACCCUUCAGACCCAGCCAACGGCCUCAUCUUCUCAAAUUCACUCUCAGCAUCCAACUUCAUCUCAGUCCAUACAAAAUGGGCAGAAAGAAAAAAUGCCAGCUUCAUCUGUCCCGCUCUCAAGAACACAGACUGUACCUGUGCAGCCCAGCCCAGCUAAUGAUCUCCAAGCAGAGUAUCAAGAACACCGACCAAGCACUCUAGCGUUCACAGAGGGUCGACUGUCCGAGCCUUAUACACCAGGUCUGAUGCGUCGAUAUGAUUCCCACAGCCUCCUGUCAGAAAACUCCAUAGCUUCAUCUCGCUUUGAUCUGUCAGAUAAUGUCCGUUAUCCAGAGGCCAUCAUGAAUCAUCAGGGCAGCUUUGGACAGAUCGACCUGACGUUGCGAUAUGCCUCCUUAAGGAAGCGACUUAUUGUGAUAGUCAACUCCUGCAUGGACCUGUUCGCCUGUAGUGAGAGCGGCUCUGAUACAUACGUCCGCAUGUAUCUGCUGCCCGAUCAAACGUGGAAGCAUCGCAAACGCACUAAAGUGAAAAAGAAGUCUGUGAACCCCGACUUCAGUGAGAUGUUUGAGUUUUCUGUGUCACUGGAGGAAGCAAGAAGCAGAAAGCUGGAUGUUGCGGUAAAAAACAAUAGAAUGCUUCACAAAAGAGAGCGAAAGGAAAUUGGAAUGGUUUUGAUUGAUUUGUCUGAAAUCGACCUAACCAAGGGUUCCACACAAUGGUAUGAACUCACUCUCCCUGGGCUCAAGAAGACAAACUAAGAAAACUGAUGUCAACUCGUAAUCACAAAGUAGCUCAUCAGCUGUCCUUAUUAAUGUUAUAUUGUUGUUUUUGUGUUUUCACAUUUCCCUCAUGAAAUGAACAAAUUCAUCUCAUGGUAGUGGACAACAUACAGUAAUGUUGACCAUUAAAUGUGAAUUGCUCAUAUAGCAUCAUCUUAUUCUUGUUGUUGAAAAUGACCCACACGAAACCAUUUUAGGAUUUUGGGACUGAAUUACAUCAGGCACUGAGGAUUGGGCUGAUCAUUUAAUAUGUACAGUGAUUCCUAAAUCAAUCCUAUAUUUCUUUUCUCAUGAUGCUCCAGGUCACAUUAGUGACAGGUUUAGGUCGCAUAGGUUUUUUGUUAAAUGUUAUCUUAAAUUAAAACAUUUUUGGUACCAAA